GACGAGUGGCUCUGGAGCUUGAGUGGCCAGCACGAGAAAGAGGCCCUUAACAGUUCAACUGCAAUUCCGAUUGGCAUUUAAAAUAAUCACUUAUUGGUAUCUCGCAUAGUUUGAGGAAAAUGCAGACAGCAAACAGCGUGGCUGGCCAGCGCCUGGCCUUGCGCCAGGGCGUUGUUGCGUUCUUGCCUGUGCGUGCUCCAGUGAGCCGCUCCACGCGCGUGCGCGUCUUUGCCAACGCGGCCGCUGCGGCUGCUGCAUCUGGAACACCUGUGCCGAAGAACAGCAUCCUGGUUGUCGGAGCCACGGGCACGCUCGGUCGCCAAAUUGUGCGUCGCGCGCUGGACGAUGGCUACGAUGUUCGUUGCCUGGUUCGCCCCCGUCCCAACCCCGCUGACUUCCUUCGCGAUUGGGGCGCCAAGGUCGUGAACGGUGACCUGACGGACCCCUCGUCCAUCCCUGCGUGCUUGGUGGGCGUCAACGCUGUCAUCGACUGCGCAACUGCGCGGCCCGAGGAGUCUACGCGCAAAGUUGAUUGGGAGGGCAAGGUGGCGCUCAUCCAGUCCGCGCAGGCCAUGGGCAUCCAGCGCUACGUGUUCUUCUCCAUCUUCGACUGCGACAAACAUCCCCAGGUUCCGCUGAUGAACAUCAAAAGUUGCACCGAGAAGUUCCUGGAGGCCAGCAGCCUGGACUACACCACCUUCCGCCUGUGCGGCUUCCACCAGGCCGUGAUUGGCAACUAUGCGGUGCCCAUCCUGGAGGAGCGGUCCGUGUGGGGCACCAACGACGAGACGCGCACAGCCUACCUGGAUAGCCAGGACGUGGCCAAGAUGACCAUGGCGGCGCUACGCGGGGACAAGACCAGCCGCAAGACGCUCCCGCUGUCGGGUCCUAAGGCCUGGACCACCAAGGAGGUCAUCGAGCUGUGCGAGAAGAUGGCGGACACCAACGCCAAGGUGACCACGGUUCCCACCUGGCUUUUGAAGCGCACGCGCGGCGUGCUGCGCUCCAUGCAAUGGGCCGCGGACGCCGCAGACCGCCUGGCCUUUGCGGAGGUGCUUUCCAACAACGAGGUGUGGCAGGCAUCGGCCGCUGACAUGGCGGAGACGUACCGCCUGCUGGACAUGGACCCCGGCAGCGUGACGGACCUGGAGACCUACCUGCAGGAGUAUUUCAGCCGCAUCCUGAAGAAGCUCAAGGAGGUGGGCGCCUCUGCUGACCGCACCAACUUCUACGUGUAAGCGGGCCAAGACGUUGCCUGUACGGCUAGACAUACGGCUGUAUGUGUUUGGCCGGUGGCGUGUGCACGUGUGUGUGAGGCCAAGCAAUGGUUCUCGUUGAGGAUCGUCCGCGCUCGCUUUUAGGAAGCACCUUGGUCGAAGCACCGAGGGGCCAUACGGGCCGUGGGCGAAGGGAGUACUUGGGACCUCGCGGUCUUAUGCGGGCGCUACACGCCCGUGGGGGGAAUCGUGAUGCUGCCAAAGCAUGGCAGAAGCAUGGAUUGUGGCGGAAGAUAAGGCGAUACAUGAAUGUGGAACGUUAUAGGGCGGAAGCAGCGUCGUCAGUCAGAUGAAAUUGGGGCACCCGAUAGGUAGCUCGGUGUCGAGAAGUAUGGGUGUCCAUGUGCGCCGGUGUUUCUUUUCGUUUGGAUGCCAGUUUUGCGCCCUGAGGGCAUGUGUGUCCUGCGAGUGUUUGUAUUCUUAUGUUAAGGCCCGGAAUUUUGGCAAUGCGCGGCGUGUUGCACACCUGCCACACAUGACGGAAUGAUUGGGCCCCGUGGCGUUGUUGCGGGUGGUAAUGGAACUGCUGGUGACGAUCCGAAUGGCACUGCUAUUUGAGGUAUAUGACCAAAGUGCCCCAUGGAUUGACAAGCGCCGCGAACUUGACGAACAUCGUAACGACUUAAACU